CAUUCAGCAAUAAUUGAUAAUAAUGCUAGAAAACCUAAUGAAACAGUCAAACAAUGGGGUUCAAGAUUACGAAAAAGAUAUAAAAUAAUAACUUAUCAAGAUUAUGACCAGCCAAAAACUUUAGCAGAAU